AUGCGGUUCCUCCCAAUUAUUUUCUCUAUUCUUGCUCCGCUGGCUGCGGCCAUUGAAAUUACUAACCCUGUGUCAAACACCCCUGUUGCGGCCGGUCAAGACGUGAAAGUGACAUGGAACUUCGUCGAUACGGAUCCGCAUACCUUGAGCUUAUAUCUCGUCAACUUUGUCGAGUAUCCACCAACCUAUGUUCCACUUGCAAUCGAUGUUAAAACACACAAGGCCCACCACGAAGUUCAUGUCCCCUGCGACACCAUGCCUGCCCACGGAUACCAAAUUAAUGCCAUCAACGGAACGAACGUUUAUGUGAUUUACGCCCAAAGUGAACACUUCAAGGUUUCCGAGCACCGUGAAAAGGGCGACUGCGGCCACGAUGACCGACAAGACGACGAUAAACGAGAGGAUGGUAAACCAGAUGAUGAUAAACGCGACGGUGAUAAACAUGGUGAUGGAAACCCAGAUGGUAGAAAAGAUGAUGAUAAACGUGAUGAUGAGAAUCGGGGCGACGGCAGAAAAGAUGAUGGUAAACGAAGCGACGGCCGACAAGGCGAUGGUGGACGAGCUGGAUUUAGGCGACGCCUCUAA